AACAGCAAAUAAACCCUUCAACAUUUUCUCAUUUUCACUAUUCAAAAACCCAAGCUUAAAAUCUUUAUUUAAAAAAAAUAAAAUACCAACAACAAUGGAAUAAUUCAUCAAGAAUCCACAAAAAAUGGGUUUGCCCACAAAGCCAUUUUGCAUAUUCUCUCUUUUCUUAGUUAUAUUUACCAUUUUCAAGCUAACCCCACAAGCUAAAUCUGAUUCUGAUUACACUAACUUGAUUUACAAGGGUUGUGCAAAGCAAGAUUUGUCAGAUCCAUCUGGGGUUUACUCACAAGCCCUUUCUUCCCUUUUUGGCACUCUUGUUUCACAGUCUUCAAAGUCCAAGUUCUAUAAGACCAGUACUGGUAGUGGACAAUCCACAAUUUCUGGUCUUUUUCAGUGUAGAGGUGACCUUUCUAAUGUUGAUUGCUAUAAAUGUGUUAGUGGUUUGCCAAUACUCAUAGAUAAGUUAUGUGGUAGCAAGCCUGUUGCUGCAAGAAUCCAGCUUUAUGGCUGUUACAUGCUCUAUGAGGUUGCUGGUUUCCCUCAAAUAUCUGGAAUGGAGAUGCUGUUCAAGACUUGUAGUGGGAAAAAUGCUCCAGGUAGUGGGUUUGAGGAAAGAAGGGAUACUGCUUUUUCCACAUUGGAAAAUGGCAUGGCUAGUAGCAAUGGCUUCUACACAACAAGCUAUCAGUCUGUUUAUACCAUGGGGCAAUGUGAAGGGGAUGUUGGCUCCGCUGAUUGUGCUGAUUGUGUGAAAAAUGCUGUCCAAAAAGCUCAGGUGGAAUGUGGAAGCUCCGUCUCUGGGCAAAUCUUCCUGCACAAAUGUUUUAUUGGUUAUAGUAAUUCUCCAAAUGGGGUCCCUAGAACAUCAUCGUCGUCUUCAGAUUGGUCCCCUGCUUCAUCUUCAGGGUCAGGGCAAAAUGUGGGGAAGACAGUGGCUAUAAUACUAGGAGGGGUAGCUGGAGUGGGGUUUAUACUCAUAUGCGUGCUGUUUGCAAGGAAUCAAAUGAAGAAACAUGACGAUUAUUGAAGGAGUCAGACUUGUUUACUAUGACCGGCAACGCUUUCCUGAGUUCAUUGCAUAUGUUUUAUCCCCUCAACUCGGAAAGGUGAAAAAGAACUGAGGACACGGGGAUGGCAAGGAAGUCUUCGAUGGUUCAUUUUGUGAUAAAGAAGGGAGAAGAGAGUCUUGUAUGCCUCAGAUUGUCGGAGUUGGCCUCACUUUUGUGAGUAAGAACUGAUUCUUAGUUUUUUACUGGAUCGUCAACUGGCGUAUAUUCAUCCUAGCUUGCUUUGUAUUAAUCUCUGGAACAUCUUGUAUUACCUAACAGCAUAUUUUGCUAACUUGCACAAGGUUUAUGAUUCAUAAUGAGCAUUUGGCCUGUGGAAACUUUCUGAGUAAAUAUGAGCUUA